AGGACUUGCGUCCUAUGGCUAAAGCAGCAGACAUGGCCAAUCUUCAUCAACCGGGGAUACUUAAAACGGAGCUAGCCAGGAGACUGAUCGAAUGGGAUUUACUGAACAUCCCACUCAUGGCUGCUCUGCUUCCGCGCUCAUUAGAUAAGGCCACUAAACUCGCCAUUCCUAAGAGGGUUGUUUCAACGCAGAAAAAGGCCGAAACGGAGCCAGCAGAGUCGAAGAAGCGUAAAGCUGUGCCAACUAAAGUCACAGCGGCUAAAAAGCCCCGGAGCGAUUUCAACACUGCUUCAGAGGACCACAACGUAGAGAUGGAUGAUCAGAACGAACUAGAUUACGACGAUUCCCUCCCACAAACUGCUAUCGAGGGCAGCACUUCGACUCGAACACUCGCUCAGGCGCGGACACGGCUCCGUAAGCCUCGAAAUGGCCAGCCACCUGCUACUCAGGCACAUCGCAACGCAAACAGUGGCGUGGCUAGACUGGCGCGAGGGCAGGUCGAGGAAGACGAAGGUGGUACCAGCGACGAUGCAUCGGCCCACAACCGCAAAGAAGACCACAGGAUGCUCGAAACUGAGGUUGCAGAGGUGCAAGUGGCAGGGUCAGAGCGAUGUAGCAUUAGGGGGCAAGCGGGUAGGCGCGCCAAGGGCAAGAGGAAGACUACCGAACAGGUCGCAGAUGAGAAACGCCUCAAGGAAAAAGAGAAGGAGCGAAAGAUGCACAAUGCACGGCGGCUCGGUGGCUACUCCGACCCUGAACUCGCCGAGGCCUUUCGCGUUCUGCAUAAGACUGUUCUGGUUCCGAUGCAUAGCAAGACACAAGAAGGGGUUGAGCCAGCACCGACUGAUCAGCUAGGCAUGCGGGAGUAUAAGGAGAGGCUCCUUGAUGAGGCUAGGAAGGAAGGACGCAAAGUAGAGGUGUGAAUGGCUGGAGGAACAUCAUCACCUCAUUCAUCAUGAACAGAACAUCGAGAAGUUGUUCUCGAUCAUUGCGGCUUAUGAUUUCUUUGUUUAUCGAAGAAUAUAUAGGGCGCCGCGAGAAGCCAUGCAAUUCUUUGGAUGUAUUGACUUUCUCUUUGUCGCUAAGUUCCACAUUCCGGGACAAAGAAUUAGAAACCUGUUCUUAUGUUCGGCGGCUGUAUCAGCAAUGGAUUGCGUCUUGACAUAUAAUUGAUUGCGAACAUCACG